AUGUCGCCAUCCAUUCUCGUCGACGAUGCUGACCCAGCUCGAUUCUACACCGUCGGUUUUCAUUGGUCGACAACCACGAACUCGGAUUCGUUCUUCAACCGCACCGUCACGGUGUGCCACACGGAAUACCGAAAUACCUCGACGGUCCCAAAGCUCGAGUUCAAUUUCUAUGGUUCGGAUCUCCACUUCUAUGGACCUCCCGUGACGAACGACAUCUUCGUCAACUAUACUAUCGAUAAGUCGAGUGUACGGCCGGCCAAUUUGAACAAGAAUGCAAAUUCAGCCUUGAAGACUGGUGUCAACAUAUGGAACCUAUCUGGCUUGGACCAGCAGUAUCAUAGCGUCGACAUCUUCCCUGUCAAUGGCCUCUUCAGUUUUGACUACUUCACAUACACGCCUAAUAGGCUCUCCCCUCUUGUCGGGCGUAAUCUGCUCCUAGACGACAACGACCCACUACUUCAAUACUCCUCAGAGUGGACAAAGACAAACGCAGAUACUCUGCAGGGUGCCGUCGUCGCGCACCAGAACACUCUGAGUGGGACCAACAGGACCGGGUCGACCUUGAAAUUCAAUUUCGUUGGAGCUGCUGUUUCGGUAUACGGCGCAUUGAACCAGCAGGCAGGCCGCCUUUCUGCCUCAUUUUCAGUAGACAAUGGCACACCAACUUCGUUUUCGCCUUUCGAUGGAACCCAGACUCCCAAUCCAUCCUCGUGGAAACCCAAUGAACGGUUUUUUCAUCAAGACCUAACACCUGGGAACCAUACGUUGCUAGUCACUUUGCAAGACGCUAGUGGAUCACAGAUGUUGUGGCUAGACUCUGUUGUAUACGAAGGUUCCAGCGGUACCAAGUUGAACUCGACGACAACUAGCACAGGUGGCGGCACUACAACGACAGGCACCUCCUCUAGCAGUAGCAAACCUUUCAAUUCUGCAACGAUAGGGGGCAUCAUUGCAGCGGUAGUGGUGCUCGCUGUAAUGGGUUUCUGCUUUCGCUUCUGGAGGCGAUUCGCUCGUAACUUCCAUUCCACAGGAGGAGAUAGUCACCAGUACGGAAAUACAACCUUCGUUCCUCCUCGUGCCCCCACACCUCAACUUGCUCCUGUUAUUUACAUGGUGUCUUCUCCGCGCCAUCCAGCUCCAGCCCCUCCGCCCCCUCCUCCAAUGCCUCAUAACCCAUGGUCUUAUGAACAACAGGUCUACCCAGCAAUGCCCGUGUCACAUCCAUCCGGCCAACCACAUAUAUCUAGGCAAGAGCCGACGUUCUGGCAACCAAGCUCUACUACUCCUAGACAACCUGAUAUCUCGCCGCCAGUUAAUUCGCCAGCACCACAUUCCCAAGAUCUCGACGGCAACUUGAACAACUCAGCUCCGAGGCGGUCCCAAGAUGCGGGUCCUGCGGACUUGCCUCCCGCGUACGAGCCGAGGCUCUAUAUUCCAUGA